UUAGCGUUCAUUAUAAAACCAGCCUAAAAUCUACGCACAACCGGUAGUCAUUGAGCGAAAUGAGGUUCGGUGCAGUGUUUUUGAUUCUGGCCCUGGCCAUCUUGGCCAGUGGGGAACAGUUCUCCUACAGGAAUUACAAAGUGUUCAAGGUGCAACAUUCUACGCGUGAAGAGUACAUGGUGCUGAGGCAAUGGGCAGAAAAAAUAGGAAUCGAUUUCUGGGACCGACACAGGAUUAUGGUCCGGCCGGAUGUCCAGGAGCAGUUCGCUGCUUUUUUGGAAGCUCGUAACUUUUCGUACGAGAUUAUCAUCGAGGAUGUCGAAGUAACCGUUGAAGCCGAACGCAAGUACAACGAGGAGUAUAUCCGCGCCAAAAAGCUGUCCGGCAGAAGCACGGUCGAUUUCGAACACUUCUGGCGCUUGGAUGAGAUCUACAACUAUCUGGAUGAGCUCGAAGCCGAAUAUCCGCAACUGGUCAACGUUGAAACUGUCGGUACCACUCACGAAGGUCGCCCGAUCAAGGCCAUCACCAUCUCCAAGAACGGGGGCCAAAUCGAUGGUUCCCGACCGGUCAUCUUCAUGGACGCUGGAGUUCAUGCUAGAGAGUGGGCUGCUAUUUCUUCCACCCUGUACUUCAUUCACGAAGUAGUGGAGCACUACUACGAAUUCGAAGAUGAUUUGUUGGAACGAGACUGGGUAAUCGUGCCGGUUGGUAAUCCCGAUGGAUACGAAUAUUCGCAUACGAAUCAACGAUUCUGGCGUAAAAACCGAGUUCCUGUGUCGAUUUUGUGCUACGGCGUCGAUCUGAAUCGAAACUUCCCCUUCGAAUGGGCGUUGAUCACCAAUGUUUGUUCCGACACUUAUGGAGGACCGUCUGCAGGAUCGGAACCGGAAACCCAAGUGAUCAUGAAUCUGUUGGAGCGAUACCAAAGCAGUGUCCAGUUGUACUUGGCCGUCCAUACCUGGGGUGACAUGAUCCUUUAUCCUUAUGGGUACGCAUGGCCUUUCAUUCCGGUUGACAACGAGGCCGAGCACAUUGCCAUGGGAAAUCGGGCUAAGGAUGCCGUCACUGCUGCCGGAAAUCCCAACUAUGUCGUGGGUAAUAGCGCCGAAAUCUUGUACAUCGCCUCAGGUGCCAGUGAUGAUUAUGCCGCUUCGACUGGAAUUCCUUACGCCUUCACCUUGGAACUCACCGGAGGCGGAAGCGGAGGAUUCGAUCUUCCACCGGAGAGAAUUGAAGAAGUUGGCAAACAAACGUUCGAAAUUUUCCGGUCCAUGGCCAUGGAUCUGUAAGCAAACUUAAACUCUCUUGAAAAAUAAAUUGAAUAUUUCGGAAUUUUAGAAAA